AUGCGAUUUUUGUCCAUUGCGCUGCCGCUGGCAGCUUUGAUCGCCGGUUCCGUUGCGAAUCCUCUCGAGCAACGAGGCAAUUCCCAGUGCAAGUCGAAUGCCUGCUUGGCUGCCGUGACCGGCAAGGAUGCUCUCGGUGAUGGGCACCUUCGAGGCGAACACUGCUCGAGCUUUCUGGCCACCACCGUCACUCCCCCCGCCAUUACCGAGACCGUGACCCUGACGGGAUCUGGCAAGGACGCAGGCCACUGGAAGCGCGCCAGCGUGACUGUCUGCCCCAACCAUGUGCCCAACUAUGCCAGUGCCUGCGACGAGGCCGCCUACACCAGUGCAUGCUCGUGCUACGGUUUCACUGACAUCAAGACCACCACCAUCGCACCCACCACCACCACCAAGACGGUCUAUGUUGCUCCCACCGGCCCGGCCGUCGUUGUCUCCGGCACCACCUGCCCGGCCGCCGAGACCAGCACUGUCACCACGACUGUCGGCGGGUCCGGAUGGGCCACCGCUACCACCGUCACCAAGACCAUCACCGCGCCCGGCAAUGGGACUGCGACGACCGUGACGGUGUCCGGAUCGGCGACCGCCACCACCGUCACCAAGACCAUCACCGCGCCUGGCAACGUGACUGCGACGACCGUGACGGUGUCCGGAACUGGAUCAGCCUGCAGCAGCGCGACCACCACCGCCCCCGGCACCACCACUACCAGCUCUGUUCCCGCAUCUUCCUGCGUGGUUGACGAUGCUAAAGCCACCGAGCUUACCAACAACUUCGCAACGCUGCUGGAGUACACUUCGUACGCCGGCAACCCGGCCCAGGGCGCCCCUGCUGGUCGUGGUUACAAGCAGGACAUAUCCGACGCGACUCUAUCCGACCAGUUCACCGAUAUCUCCGACUCGAUCAACUUCAUGGCUGGCUUCCCUCUUGGGUCGGUCACUUUCGCUAGCAAGGCCGCCUUCGACUACGGCCAAGGUGUCUUACAACCCGAAGUCUCGGUCACAACGCUGAACGUCUUCCACGACUGCAACAGUGUCACCUGGAGAUACCGGCUCCUGCCCAACCCACAGGCCCUGCCGGUGACCGGCAUCAACCACUUUAUCAUCGAUGCGGAUGGCAAGAUCCUGAAGAACUACGCCGAGUUCGAUAACGGCGCCUGGCUCCAAUCGUUCGGCCAGCAGUGUGCCAUCAACAACGUCACCGUUUCGCCCAAUGCCCCGGCGACCCGGCGAUCCAUGAACAACAAGUUGAUGAAUGCCCGGGCUUUCCACCAGUAG